AUGCCAUCGCCAUCGACUUUGGCCCUGCCACCUGGUCUCUCCGAGUAUCAGAAGCAGGUGCGGGCCGAGGAGCAGGCCCGUAGAGUACGGAUCAAGGCCGAGGUCCAGCGCCAUCUCGUCCGGCCGCCGCUGGUGGCUGCCAUCGCUCCUGCUGCUGCGCACCGCAAACAGGCUGUACAUGCAAGAUCGGGAGAUUCUAGGCAGUCGCCGAGGCGUGGCCGGCGGACAAGCCGAGCAAGAGCUGCCAGAGGUGUCGGCGCUGCAAAGGGAAAAGCCAAGAGCAAGAGCAAGGCCGCCUCCUCACAUGCCGAUCAGCUCGAGACGCCACCAGCCUCGGUUGUCUUUGCGCCUGAUGCGUGGGACGACCAGCUGCUCGAGCGGCCAGUCUCAUCGCGGGAAAUGUAUCCGGACGCUGCAGUGUAUGUGGCGUCGACGGCACACUAUGCAGGCGCGGCAGACCUGCACGACUUUCGAUCCAAGGCCAUGAUCCGCAUCGACGACGCCGACGACGCCUCGUCGGUCGACACCGACUUGGGCCACAUCGACCGAAUCCACCACAUCAAGAAGCGCUCAAAUAAUCAGACCCACGACCUCCGCACUGACUACCACGAGGUCUCGGUUCAGAUGCUGCGGGCCAAGCACCGGCGUGAGCGUGCGGCGCGCACCGCGGCGCAGCAGGCAGAGGCUAUGGCUGCCAUCCAGGCGGCCGAGGACAAACGCAUCGGCAUCGAAGAGCAGUACAUGACCCGCAAGCGACUUGCUACCCGCCGGCGCAAACAGAUGCUGGCGGUCGAGCGCGGCAUUGACAACCUGCUGGGCAUGGAGGCCACCGCUCUGCACGCCAUCCGCACGGCUGCACAGCUGCGCCCGAACCCCGAGGCCGACACCCGGCCGGAGCGCGACAUCUUUGACUCGUUUGUUUACAUCAAGGAGGAGCCAACGGUCGACAUCAACACCCGCGACCCGUCAUCGGGUGAGACUGGGCUCUUUGCCGCUAUCCGGGCCGGAUACACCUACCUUGCCGAGUACCUCCUCGACCACGGUGCAUCUUCAACAGCCCGCGACAACAUGGGCACCUCGCCGCUGCAUCUCUGUGGCACUUACGCCGCGCCCGAGGCGCUCAUGCGCCGAGUCAUCGGCGGCGGAGCUGACAUCAACGCCGCCGACAAGUUUGGCACCACCCCGCUCAUGGCUGCCACCCAAGCAGCGCAAAUUGACGCCGUCUCAUCGCUCCUUCGCCUUGGUGCCGACGCCACGCACAAGAACGUGGCCGGCGAGACCGCCUUCGACCUUGCUUCGUCGCUCGCCGACAACCAAGUCAACGACGACAUGCGCUCGCGGCUCAACAUCAUCAAGGACAUGCUGCGCCCGUCGCUGCCCAAGGUGACCAAGCAGGCAUCGGCGCUGUCGUUGCCGCACAGCUUGCGCAAGCGCUCAAGCACCGUUUCAUUUGCGGCCAAAAGGUCACGUUCUAGCCACGCUCAGGUCGAGCUCGGCCUGACGGAGCGCGUGCCGUAGCCGCUGCACCUCGCUCGUCAGCGAAUCCUUCUCAGCCUGCAAAUCAGCAAUAUGCUCAUCUUUGGAGGCAAUUGUGGCCCACAGUGAACUCACCUCGCC